AUGCCAACUACCAAUUUACCUGUUGAGUUGUGGCUCCUCAUUGUCUCUUUCAGCAAAAUUUCUUCUAAUGACAUGGCUGUACUCUGCAGAGUCUGCGCUGGUCUCUAUGAUGCUGUGGUUGACUCUCUGUACGAGUCCAUCACGGUCGACAACUCAGAUGUCUGUACCACGCUUGCAGAGUGUCCCCAUCUUGCAAAGAAAGUUAAAUCUUUCGUAUUCACAUAUCCAACAAUCAUGGUUCAUGAUGGUCCCAAGGUGCACCUAGAUAAUCUCACGUUGGCCCUCAAAAAUAUGACCUGCCUCUCAACACUCAAGCUCAUCCAUUCAAAAAAGCAUGAAUACUCAUCUGUCCUUCAGUACUGUGAUGCCAAGCUUCACCUUUUUCAUUGCACCUAUGAUGUCAACCGCCAAUUUCUAAGCUUCUUGAAUAGGCAGGAUAACAUUCGUAAUCUUGCUCUUGCUGGCCUGCCCACAAUAGAUAUCUAUCCUACGCAUGAGGAAAUGUUUCUUCCCACGUCUCUGCCACAUCUAUCAGAAGUCUCUGCCGAUCCUUGUUUUUUAAAUGACCUUGUACAGGGAUGCCCAGUUCACACUGUGUGUUUCAAAGGCCAACAUCUACCCAGCAGCGAUAUGCGGCUCAGGGACUUCAUUGACCCCUCCACCAUACUUGUCAAGAAUUUGGGACUUGAUCUCAUGAUUUGGGAACCAGUAGUAAUACACUGUGCACCACUUUCCAAGGAUAUUGAAGAAAUCACACUGACAGGUCUGGUUGCCCAGCAGCAUCCAACUAACUGGUCUCAGAUUUACGGAAUUGAUUGCUGGAGAUGCCAUUUUGAUGGCAUGCUAGCAGGCGCACAAAAUUUAAAAAGGUUGAUGUUCUGGUUCAAGGGAAAACAUGAAGAUGCUCGUUCAUGGGCUCAACUUCUCUUCCAGGAGUUCCAUGAUACAUUAUCACGUCUUGAGCAUGUCUCAUGUGUAGUUGCUGGACCAGACACAUCAAUGUUGUUUGACUUCUUGUCGGGUUGUCCCCCGAUCCCGCAUGAGGAUAAUCGAACCCGUGGCCAUAGGGCUGCAAAUGACGUCUGGAAGCUCAUGCUGGUCCCUGUCCUUUGUUGCUGGACCGAGGAAAACCUUUGCGAUAUACACUCUCUAUGGACUAUGCCACUCGCUCCACGAGCGAUCGAACCCCUCUACUGA